AUGAACAUUUCCAAUAUUUAUAUAUUGUUGCUGUUUUUCUCAAAACUGCCAGCAGCAUUUGGCUGGUCCCGGAUUGUUGGUGGCUAUUCAGUGUUACCUCAUUCCAUCAAAUACCAGGUUUCUCUGAGGAGACCAGGAGGAACUCAUUACUGUGGGGGGUCCCUGAUCCACCGGCGAUGGAUUUUGACUGCUGCACACUGCAAUUAUGGUGGUGCUGAGCCAAUGCAGAUCGUAGCAGGGGAACACUCAUUAACUAGAUAUGAAGGUACUGAACAACUGUUUCGCCCAUCAAAGAUCAUACCCCAUCCUCAAUAUGACUCAAAGAGAAAAGAUUCGGACGUCAUGCUGAUUAAGCUUUCACGUCCUGCAAAUCUGAACUACUUUGUUGGGAUUGUACCUCUGCCUCGCCAAAAAUCAUCAUUAGAUGCAGGCACGUUAUGCCAAGUGUCUGGGUGGGGCUUUGUCAGUGCAAAUGGAAAGUUCAUUCCAAGGAUUUUGAGGGCAGUUCAAGUGCCCAUUGUAUCUAAUUCAAAGUGUAAUCACACAGACUCUUACAAUGGAAACAUCACCACAAACAUGAUCUGUGCUGGAUUCACCACUGGAGGAAAAGAUUCAUGCCAGGGAGAUUCUGGUGGCCCACUGAUUUGCAAGGGCAGAGUACAUGGCAUAGUGUCUUGGGGCAAGCUGUGUGGUGACGGCAGGUUUCCUGGGGUAUACACAGCUGUGGCAAAGUUUCGUAGCUGGAUUAUCAGGACCAUCAAACGAUCGUAA